GAAAUACAGAAAUGUUUUUUUUUUAAAUUGCUGUAUGAACAAAAUCAAUUCUCUUUACAAACACUAGACGUCAGUAGAAUAAUCUUCCACAGCUUUUUUCCCCCCUUCCUGUUUUCCGGUGUCUAAGGAGAAAACGCAGCUGAUUACAGACCGAAGCAGCUUCUCUUUGCGGGUAAAUCGGUUCACUGCCGCAGGCUGUCAGCAUGUCAGCUGUGAGGAUGACGGAGGGGAGUGUGCACGUGGAGGGCUGCAAAGCGCCACUCUUCUACCGACAGAGCGAACCCACACAAGGGGAAGCCAGGCUGUCGGUUCUACUCCUUCACGGGAUCCGUUUCUCCUCAGAAAACUGGCUCAACAUCGGCACUCUGGAGACUCUCGCCAAAGCCGGGUGCCGCGCGGUCGCCAUCGACCUGCCAGGCCUCGGCCGCUCGGGCUCAGCCGAGGCCCCGGCGGCCGUUGGUCAGCUGGCCCCCGCGGGCUUCCUGCGCGAGGUGUGCGAGCGGCUGAGCCUGAGCCCGGUGGUGGUGAUCAGCCCGUCCCUCAGCGGGAUGUACUCGCUCCCCUUCGUCCUCCAGCACCCGGCCCUAGUACGCGCCUACGUGCCCGUGGCUCCCAUCUGCACCGAGAACUUCACAGCAGAGCAGUACCGCGGCGUAAAGGUGCCGUCGCUCAUCGUCUACGGUGACCAGGACACGCAGCUGGCAGAGCGGUCGCUGAACAACCUGAGAAAUCUGGCCAAUCACAGCGUGGUGGUGAUGAAAGGAGCCGGUCACCCGUGUUACCUGGACGACCCGGACACUUGGCACCGAGCGCUCACCGGCUUCCUCGACACGCUGUGCAGCAGUGGAGGGACACCCGACAGUCACACAUAAAUGAGUCACAGGAGCCACACAAAAACAACUAUUUACCUGAUUUUUACUCCCUUUCUUUUAAGCAAUAAAGCUAAGAGGGUGAGAAAUGAGGCUUUAACUUUCAAAGAUAUCGUGAGAAAUAUGCUUAUUAAUUUUGCUGAGUUGGAUGAGAAAAAAAUGAAUUGGAGUUGGUUUUAAUCUAGGCAACAUAGCAGUCUCACAUUUAAAAUGAUAGACAUGAGAUAUGAGUCGUGUUUAGUUCUGGUAGGAAUAUCUGAAGAAACUUAAGUCCUUUCAUCAGAAAUUGAAACUCCCCUGAACACGAGAGCCUUCUUGAUAAGUGGGUUUUCCAGAUCUUCAACUUUUCCUUUAUACUAUAAAAUCUAACAAACUAUUUUGUAUUAUAAUCAAAAUGAAUGUUGCAAUAAAAUAUUUAUUCAAUCAAA